GGGACACAACGAGUAAUAUCUGAAUGAAUUCAUCGGUUUAUUCGUAUCCCCAUUCCCACGACUCCCCCCUCUCGUAUGCCAAGCCAAAUCGUCCGGGUUACUCUUUUCGCCGCAGCAAUUCCUGGAAUUUUACGGUAAGGCACCGGCUUUCCGUUCUCAGACAACCAUGGCUCUGGAGAGUAAAAGAAACGAGGCUCUUCACGAACUGGAGGGCUUAGAGGCAGUGGAAGAACUGCCUCGAUACGAAGAUGUCCUUGAUUCAAGUAGUGUACAGGGGAAUGUAGAAGUGGCAGAUGACGGUCGUGUCAAUGUGGACCCGGACUCAAGACUAUUUCGGACACUAUCACGGUUUGUUCCAGCCUCACCCACCACAGACGCCGAACGACCUGGCUCUUCUCAGUCAAGCCACCCUCCAGACUAUUCGGAAAGUAAACCAGAAUCUCCAACAGUGGAGCCGCGGCACUGGAACAUCCGACUCAACAUUGUCAUUCAAAUCGUUGGAAGUCGUGGGGAUGUUCAACCUUUCAUCGCACUGGGGAACGAAUUACAAAAGUCCGGUCAUAGAGUCCGCUUGGCAACACACAAUGUCUUCGAGCAGUUUGUGACUGAACAUGGCCUAGAAUUCUUCCCCAUUGGCGGCGACCCGUCAGAGCUUAUGGCCUAUAUGGUCAAGAACCCAGGAUUGAUCCCGAAUAUGAAGUCUCUUAAAGUCAAAGAGAUCAAGAGGAAGCGACAGAUGGUUGCAGAGAUGCUGAACGGGUGCUGGCGUUCGUGUUUGGAUCCUGACCCCAAGUCAAACAAACCAUUUGUGGCAGAUGCUAUCAUUGCGAAUCCACCAAGCUUUGCACACGUUCACUGCUCUCAGGCCCUUGGUAUUCCCGUGCACUUGAUGUUCACGAUGCCUUGGUCAAGUACCAGGUCAUUCCCACAUCCUCUAGCAAACUUGAAAAGGUCAAAGACGACUGCGGUGAGUGAAGGGACUUCUAAUUUUGUCUCAUACUCUAUGGUUGAAUGGAUGACCUGGCAAGGACUCGGAGAUGUUAUCAAUGAUUGGAGAAAAACGCUAGACUUGGAACCAGUGCCACUAUCAGAGGGCCCUGGUCUCGCAGAAACUCUGAGGAUUCCUUUCACAUACUGCUGGUCGCCCGCAUUGAUACCCAAGCCAACUGACUGGGAUAGUCACAUAGAUGUGUGCGGUUUCUUCUUCCGAGAACCCCCCUCGUACACACCUCCUCCUGAUCUGGUCACCUUUUUGGAUAAGGGUCCUGCACCAAUUUAUAUCGGGUUCGGUAGCGUCGUGAUUGAUGACCCAGGAAAGGUUACAAACAUCUUACUGUCUGCUAUCGAGUCUACUGGAGUACGUGCCAUUAUAUCGAGGGGCUGGAGCAAGCUCGGAGAAGCAGAAAACUCGAAUGAAAACAUCUACUACAGCGACGACUGCCCACACGAGUGGCUGUUCCAGCAUGUAGUAGCUGUCGUGCAUCAUGGUGGAGCGGGCACUACUGCCUGUGGCCUGAAGUUUGGACGACCUACGACCGUUGUUCCCUUCUUUGGAGAUCAACAGUUCUGGGGUGAUAUGGCUGCGGCGGCGAAUGCUGGACCUCGGCCAAUUCCUUACAAAACCCUUGAUAGCAAGAAACUUGCUGAAGCUAUUCUCUUCUGUCUAAAAGAGGAUGUAGUUGCAUCCGCAGGGAAGAUUGCUGCUAAAAUGGAAAAGGAAUGUGGCGUGAAGCGGGCCGCACAGUCCUUUCACGCAAACUUACCCAUGGUCGGCCUACCUUGCGAUAUUCUCAAGGAUCGUCCAGCAGUUUGGACUUAUGAACGCAAGGAUAAAGUUGUGAACCUCUCUGGCGUUGCCGCUGAGGUUUUGGUCGACCAUCUCAAAGUCGAUCGGAAGCAUCUCAAACUGCAUAGUUCUUUGGAAAUUCUCAUAGAGAAUCGACGAUGGGAUCCAUUUUCAGGCACAGCAUCGGCUGCAGUGGGAACAUAUUAUGGCAUGUUUUCUUCUGUUGCCGGUAUUAUUUCACGACCCAUCGAAGUGCAUCGUGCAGCAGUUUCCGCUAAGGAAGCUUCAAAGGCCGCCGACAACGUUGAUGAACCCACAUCAAGCCGUAACUCACUUUCCCCGACACCUUCCGCUGGAAGUUCGUCACGAUCGAUCCUGAGAUCGUUACGCAAAUCGUCAUCUACGGACAAUCACUCGUCGCACACUUCAGAUAGUGUUUCACUCGACGGUAGGACACACAAGAGCAGCUCGGUCUACGAUUCCAAAUUAGUGUCAUCGAUGACCCUUGCAUCUGCUUCUGGUGUCGGAGACUUCUUUAAAACCUACUCUAAGGGCGUCUUUGUCGACAUACCACUAGCCUUUGCAGAAGGAUCCCGAGCUCUUCCAAAGCUUUACGGCGAACAGGUGCGAGACUAUGGCAAGGUCACGGACUGGAAGUCUGGUCUGAUGGUGUCUGGCAAAAGUCUGGUUUUGGGCAUUGGGGAGGGCUUUGCUGACCUGGCAGUUAAACCAGUCCAGGGCGCCGUCAAAGACGGUGUGGUAGGAGGUGUUUUAGGAGUUGGGAAAGGCUUGAUAGGAUUCUCUACGAAAAUCUCUUCAGCCGCUUUCGGAAUCGUAGCAUAUCCCGGUCUUGGUUUUUACAAGAGCAUUCGCACCGCGGUGAAGACCAAGACACGGGCGUCAAUCAUGAACGCAAGACGGCAGGAAGCUUCUCAGUUAUUAAGCGACUCAAGAAAUUCCCAAGUCCUUGAUUUUCAGGAGGACGCUAUCAUUGACGCUUUCACGAAGGAAUUAAGUGUACAGCCAGCUACUACUCAAACUGCUUGGGGCAAGUGAGGGAAGACAACAUAUUGACAUUCACCAAACCAAAUUCCCUAGAUCUAGAUUUAUGCUUCUGUUAACCUCAAACGUCCUCUUGCCGUUGUUUUGUUCUCCUCUUCAUUGCUUCAAAAAUGGUGAAGUCGGAGUUUGCCCUCUGCUGCUUGUGGCAGAGGAUGUCUCGCAAAAUCUGUCGUACGUCAUGGGACAUGUUCAGUGAACCACGAAUAUAAAUGUUAGCAUCCUCAUCAACGAGGAGUUGCCCUAACAGCUC